AUGAGACUUUACGGACAGGAAUAAUCAAUGAAAAACUAUUCUCAAGACUACCAGUACCAUCUACCAACAGAAAAUGUCUCUGUUCUCAAAACUGAGACUGCUUAUGAAAAUAGAAAUCUAAGGUCUCUCUUGAAGUACCACAAAAAAUCAUCAUCUGUCUCAAUCCCACCAUAAAAUCUAAAAGAAAAAAAGCUAGUAAAUAAUGCUACAAUGAUAAAAUGGAUCUAAACCAGGAAUCUUUAGGCUAAGAAUCAGUAUAGACUAAACAAGAUGUAAAUGGUACAAGAUAGAGAGAUAGAAAAUGUUUUCAAUAAAUUCGAUGCUGACUAAUCUGGAACCAUAGAAAUGGAGGAGUUAUACUAAAUGUUCACAAACUAUGGAGUAGAUAUUACUCGCAACGACAUUAAGAGACUAUUCAACGUUGUGGAUUAGGAUGGGUCAGGGGCAUUGUCCUUGGAGGAAUUCAAAGAAUUCUCCUCUAACCCACAUGCUAACAAAGUAUUCAGAAAGAUCAUAACUAAAGCAAGGUAAUCUCAGGAAAAGCUUUAUGGUUCAGCAACAAGUACAAGCUACUUACCAUUUAAUCUUCAAAGGGUUCUUGAUUACCUAAGUCAUAUGGCUAAACGUGAAAGUUUACUGAAAUCUAUUGAGGAUAAAAAGUAUGACUAUGAUAACGCUACUGACAACAUUAAGAACUUUAUCAAAUUGUUCUUGAUAGAUGGUGCUGCUCAAGAGUGCUUGCUAAAGGAGAGGACUAAUGUUUCAAUAGAAAAUAAGCUUUAAAUCAACAAAAACGAUGAAAAUAGUGACUAACCUUUUAUCAGAGAAAAUUCUAUACUCAAAUAAGUUACUGGGAUUAGCAAGAUGGAUGAUGAUGAACUUGAUGAAUUAUCAGAGAGUGUGAUGCUCUACUAACCAGCUUUUCAGAGAGAAAACUUAUAGAUAAAUGGUAGAAACACUCCUUUGGAGUAAAUCUUCGAAAAAGACUCAUUCAAAACUGAUGAAGAUUCUGAUCUUGAUUUAUAUAUGAACGAAGAGUAGAACCAAGUAAAAAUAGAUAGGAUAGUUAAUCUGGCAAAGAAAAGAGGCAGAAGUAGUGCAUAAUAGGAGAUUAUUCGGUUUAGAAAAGAUUAUUAAUCUAUUAUGCAACCUAAAAGGCCUAAUUACAAUGCUGUCAAUAAUCUGGAGCAAAAUAAGUAAUAUAAAAUAAGAUAAAAUUUCAGAACAGCAAGAUAAGAUUAGGAAUUAAUUGAGCCCAAGAAAUCUAAAUUUAUCCUAUAGAACAAAUACCUCUAGCAAAAUCAGAAAUAAACUAUGACCAAAUAGCAUAGUCCUGUUGUUCUUACCAGUGUGAAGCACAAGAAAGAAGAUCUUUAUGAAUUCGAUGAAAAUAGAACAAGUAUCCAAAGAGCUCAAAAUGUUUAAUACAAAAUAAAACUUUAUCCAGGUGGAUUAUAUUAGCCUUAAAAAUUCUCAUCUAUCGAUUAAGUGAAUGUUAAACCUCUGAAUAAAUCUGCUUUUGCUGAUUAAUUAAAUAAAGAUCAAGGUAAAUUACCUGGAAUACUAAAAUCUAAACAAGUUAGAUACGAUUCAUUGAUUGACAAAACUACUAUGAUGAAAUAACUGAUUGAUAAUGCCAGAUAGCAAACUUUAAUUUGA